UUCCCUGCUCAGAAGAAACCAUGUUUAGCACCAAUCCUGAUCUUCCCCAAAAAAACUUCCAAAUUAAGCAAGAUGACAAGUUCUUCACCAGAAUUUUGUCCCGGGAAACCUCAGUCAGUUCUCAUUCUUUCACCGAAUAUGGCGGACUCCCCGGCGCCGUUCCCUUCAUUUGGGAGUCUCAGCCCGGAACCCCAAAGAACACAGUAACCUCCGAUAUCACCCACCGCCGCCCCCUCACCCCUCCUCCUUCUCAGCCUUGUUGUCCAAAGAACACAACUUUCCCUGAUAUUUCUCUCCGCCGUCCUCUCACUCCUCCUCCCUCUUCCAGCCUCAAGUCACCGAGCGCCUCUGCCGCAAAAUCGAAGCUGAAACACUCAAGAUUACUUCUUCUCCAUGCAUUGCUCGCCAAAAUGAUCAGUCUCAGGAAGAAUUUAAACAUUAUCUCGACUUCGAGAUCUUCAUCUUCUUUAUCACCACCAUCAUCUUUGAUUUCUCCAAGAUCAUGGUCGUCUUCGUUGGGAUUCACAGCAGCCAGUACUCCAAGAAGGCAUCGUGGAAAGAGAAGCCCGCCGUCAACGCCAGGAUCGUCCUUUAACGCGAAAUCAGAGGAUGAAGAAGCCCCCGGUUUUGGGUCCCCGACUUCGACUCUGUGUUUUGCCAUUGGCCUUAGCAGGGGGUCUAGUCUUAAGCUUCCUGGAUGCUACUGUGGCUGAGGGUAAAAUUGACCAUGGAUCUGGUCAAAAUGGUUUCCUUCCGUUUGUUCUUUUAUAUGUUUUGAUCAAUACCCUGUUAUUCCUCUGUUAGGUUGAAAAUGAAGGAAAAUCAUCUCCCAAUCCCUUUUACCAACACUGGUCAUGUAUGUAUGACUCGAACAUAAGAAUUUAUUACUUUUUUUAAGAAGAAAAUUACCCUGAAUCG